AAGGUCUUAGGACGUGGUGAUGGUGGAUCUGUUUAUGAGGUUAGGUAUCCAUUGAUGAAGGAAUCAUAUGCUUUGAAGGUUGUCAAAAGAGGUUCAGCAUUUCACUCUACUGAUAAAUUCGGAAAAGAUGGAAUUAGAACUGAAAUCACUUCAGCAAAAAAACUCCGACAUCCUCAUAUCACCGAGUUCAAGGCGGUCUUCUGUGACUUGGAUCAUCAUUACCUCUUAACUGAAGUAUGUGGACAUGGCUCUUUGCAAAACUUUUUAGAUGACGUAAGAGUUUUCAAUGAACCUGAAUCAAGACUACUAAUGCUUCAAGUUGCUUCAGCUGUGAAUUAUCUCCAUCGAACUGGAGUCUCUCAUAACGAUCUUUAUCCUCGUAAUAUCUUGGUAGGACAAAGUUCGAAUGAUAAAGGUUUAGCUCUCAAGCUCACUGACUUUGGUUGGUCGGAAAUU